GGAAUUUCGCUCCAUUAAUUUCUAGGGCUCAUCGUUGCCCCCAAAUUCUCUGUUUUUGUAGACUCUCGUGUGCAUUUUAGAUCGAUCGAGUUUGAGAUUGGCAGAAAAAUAUGCCUCAGAGACACUCGAAGAACAAUAACGAUCUAGCCUUCUUCACCUAUGAUGAGAAGCGGAAGCUCGGUUAUGGAACCCAGAAAGAGAGACUUGGAAAGGACUCGAUCAAGCCCUUCGAUGUCUGCUGCCUGUGCUUGAAACCCUUCAUCGACCCCAUGUGCUGCCAGAAGGGCCACACGUUUUGUAAAGAAUGCAUUCUUGAGUGCCUUUUGGCUCAGAAGAAAGAUAAUAAGAGGAGGCUUGCUGCAUUUACAACUCAGCAGAAGCAAGAGAAGGAAGAAGCAGAAGAGAAACUGAUCCAGCAGAAAGCUAGAGAGCUUGAUGCAUUUGAUCAGCAAAACCAUGGUGCUGUACCACAAUACAACGAUCGAAACCACAGUCAGGAUAAGAAUGGUUUCCAUGGUGCAAAUAGUGUAAAGGUUACUUCUUACGAAGAAGAAGCACUUCGGAACAUGAAGGCAUUCUGGCUGCCUUCCGCUACACCAGAAGCUCCUGUUAAAGUAGGAGCCCCUUCAUGCAGUACAUUCUGUCCCGAAGGCAACGAGAAACUUAAGCUAAAGUCCCUUUUCCCAAUACAUUUCACAGAGGACAAAAGCGAGCAGAAGAAAUCGAAAUCUUAUGAUGUUACAUACAUCUGCCCUAGUUGUAAGGUUACUCUAACCAACACGAUGUCUCUCGUGGCCCUAAGCACCUGUGGCCAUGUCUUCUGUAAAAAAUGUGCUGAUAAGUUUAUGGCUGUGGACAAAGUGUGUCUGGUCUGCAACAAAGGAUGUAAAGUAAGGGAUUUGGUGAAUUUGGAGAAAGGAGGCACAGGGUUUGCUGGCCACGGGGAUUCACUUGAAGCAAGAGACUUCAAGCAUUUGGGAAGCGGUUCUGGUUUGGGGCUGGUGAGGCCUGCCAUGAAGACUUAAAGUCAGUCAUCCUUGCUUACUUGAGUGUGAUUUUCUUCCAUAAUUCUGUUUCUUUUUCUCAACUAAUUAGUAUCUGGUCUUGUAAAUGACAAUAUCAAUUUUAAAUCUUCGUAUGUUAGCUUCUAAAUUGUGUCUUUAUCAACAAGAAUCUUAAAAAAAUGAUAAUAUCCAAAGCUUGGAGGACGUUUCUUA